CCUAUUGUUGAUUUUUCUUCCCAAAGAUAACACAGUAAAUGCCUUAAGCAAACACCAGAGAACAAAACAUAUUUUGACCUCUCAGAAGUUUAAAAUGGAGAGCCAGUUUUAGUUCUUCUAAUUAAGAUUCCCAGUAAAAAUGGUGGAGGGGGUAAAAGCAGAAACUGUGGCAAUGUUAAAGAAUGCCUUCAGUAUGUUUGACAGAGAUGGCGAAGGUUUUAUUAUGACGAGAGAACUGGGUUCCAUUAUGCGCUCCAUUGGACAUAACCCGACAGAGGCCGAGUUAGCAGACAUGAUCAAUGAAGUGGAUUCUGAAGGGGAAGGAGUAGUUGACUACCCAACUUUCCAAAUGUUAAUGUCAAAAUACGUGAAGAAUUUAAGCACUGUGGACGAAUUAAUGGAAGCCUUUCUUGUGUUUGAUCGUGAAAAGAAAGGUUAUGUAUCCCCUAAUGAUCUCAGACAAGUACUACAACAAGUUGGAGAGAAGCUUAGUACAGAAGAAAUGGAAGAGAUUAUAAAAGCAGCGGAACACACGGAAGGUGGUCCAAUACAUUACGAAGGAUGUGAAUUGCUAUAUCAUGAAGUGGAACUGGGAGUUGUCAUUCGAAAAAGAUGUACAAAUAUCUCACCAUCUGAAGCUGAUGAUUACAUCGGUGGGUUCUUACUGGCACUCGACAUGACUGCAAAGGAUUUCCACAACGAAGCCAAACAGAAAUCCAGGCCAUGGUUUCUUUGCAAAGGGUUUGACACUUCAUGUCCUGUGAGCGAAUUCAUUGAUAAAUACCGAAUUCCUAAUUACAGUGAUGUUGGCUUGUGGCUUAAGGUUGAUGGUAUAAUGAAGCAAGAAAGCAGUACCUCGGAUAUGAUUUAUCCAAUUCCGGAAAUAAUAUCUUACGCUAGUAAGUACUUCACUCUUGAACCAGGUGAUGUCAUUUUGACCGGAACUCCAGCAGGAUCUGGGCCAGUCUUCAGUGGUCAGACUAUAGAAUGUGGCCUAACUGAUAUCGUAUCCAUGAAGUUUCCUGUCAGGAGGAUUCCCGGGUUUAGAGCAGACGUUAUAUCCAUCAUGGCUAGCGAACUGUCACCAGAACAGAUUAUGGAAUUUCGAGUGGCUUUCAGUCUCUUUGACAAAGACAAUGAUGGCAGCAUUAACACAAAAGAACUGGGUACAGUCAUGAGAUCUUUGGGUCAGAAUCCGUCAGUCACAGAGCUCAGGGCAAUGGUUGAUGAAGUGGAUUUAGACGGCAACGGAGUGAUAGAUUUUGAAGAAUUUCUUGAAAUGAUUGUCAAAGAAAUGAAUAAGACGGACACGGAGGAAGAAAUGAGGGAAGCAUUUCGUAUAUUUGAUCGCAGCGGAAACGGAUACAUCAAUGCACAGGAAUUAAAGUACGGAAUGUUCUGUAUGGGAGAGAGGCUGACGGACGAAGAGGUGGACGAGAUGAUGACAGAAGCUGACAAGGACGGGGACGGUAAAAUAAGUUAUGAAGAGUUCCGAGCUCUUUUUGACUUGUUUGAUUCAACUGGGAAUGGGGUAAUCAGUACCAAAAACUUGGAACAUGUUUUAAAGACUUGUGGAAAACAGCCAUCUUCUAAGGAACUAAGAGAUAUGAUGGGCGUGGUCGAUCCUACAGGUGAAGGUGAGAUACAAUUUGAUGACUUUGUGAAGAUGAUGUCCAAGCAGAUUCGAUAUAGCGACAAAGAGGGGGAGCUGAUGGAUGCUUUCCGAGCAUUCGACGCCAACAGGAGUGGGUAUAUAAGUGCACAGGAACUCAGAAAUGUCAUGAUAAAUAUGGGGCAAAAAAUGACGGAAGAAGAAAUUGAUGGAAUGAUCAGUGAAAUUGAUAGCGAUGGAGAUGGUAAAAUAAAUUUUGAAGAAUUUGUCAGACUGGUCAUAAGCAGAAGAGAUCUAUUACUUCGCUGAGUUUUCAUUAUUGCUGUAAAUAUUUAAAAAAGCACGAAUUCAUAUUCAUAAACUGCAUUAACAUAUUUAUAAUGACGAUGUACAUGCAAUUCUUAAUUUGUAAUAAAAUAAAAUAUUCCCUCAAAAAUA